AUGAAACUGUUUAAAUCUUACCCAGGUGCUUGUUGGGCAUUUGCGCUGGUGGCGAGCGUGGAAGCCGCGUACGGCAUUGCAAUGAAUGCAGAGGCGCCACAGCUGUCAGUGGAGUCACUCUUUGCAGCCAUGGGGCUCACCUCCGAAGCUGACAAGUGCAACAUGGGGGGCUCUCCUACUGAGGCGUUGGAAAGGCUUCUCAUGCUGCCUCGCGGUGGGGUCACAGAGGCGGGAUCGCCUACCUUCAAGUACCAGGAUCCUGGCUGCUAUACCGGCAGACUCAACCACGUUGUACUCGUUAUUGGCUACUUCGUCUGGAGAAACGACGGGAGCCAAAAUCGCAUUGCGCCUCCCUUUUGGAUCAUCCGUAACUCGUGGGGAGUGGAGUGGGGCGACAGGGGCCACAUGCGCAUGGACAUCCAGGGAGGGGAUGGCGUGUGUGGCAUCAACGUGCUGCCUGGCAUCUACCCCAUUGUCAAGGUGGACGUGUGUGGGUCUGACUUGAAGAACCCGUGUUACGUGGGUGCAUGCAUCAACGAUGGCAAGGGCUCCUACUCCUGCAUCUGCCCUCCGAACUACAUUGAAAUCACAACCAUUGACAGCUUCCCCACCUGCGAUCCAGGUGCUGCUGCCUUGGCCCUGUUUGGCGAUACAUGCUGGUCCAUCAGCGCGCAGCUGUUCCUCACCACCAGCAACCUCACGGCACUCAACCCCGGCCUCGACUGCUCUGAGCCCAUCAAAGCAGGCCGCUCUCUGUGCAUCGAGCGUAAUGCCACCUUCGCCUUCACUGUUCCUCAGUGCCUGCGAUACGGCGUGCUUACACCACAGGACACGUGUGAGCGCCUGCUGCUGCAGGUGGCGGGGAGUGAGGACGACCCAACGGGGGCUGGAAAGGUGAAUGCCAUGCGCUGGGCUGAGCUGUACCGCAACAAUCCCGGCCUCAUCUGCUCGAGUGUCAUCCCGGUCUCUGCCUCUGCUGUUGGCAGCAACACUGGCGUGCAGGUGAGGGGUGCAGGGGAACCGGCUUAUGGAUUUGUCUAA